UAAGUUUUUAGACUUUAUUUAUAAGCUAAAGUAGAAAUAAAGGUCGUAAUUGGUGAUUUUUCGAUUUUUUAAGUGUAAAUACAAUAGCACUUUGUAAAAUGUGCUUUUGAGUUUAACCGUUCGGUCAUUCGUACUGCCUUUAUGCGCGUUGAACGACACCACGUAUAUAUCAGCGGCGCUUGCUUUAUACACAACAUUUUGUUGGAGGACGGGAAAAUGUUGGGACCUCCGAUAUUUAAAAAACGUGCGUAAAUUAUAACGGUGUCGACAUCGUAAUAGUAUGGAGCAGGCGAAAAAUCAGCCAUCGAGAUUGUUCUUAACGUCUCCGGUCGAAAAUAAAGACGAUUUAGAAGAGAAAUUAGAACGCAGUUAUCAAACUCUCCAAAGCUUAACUUCGGGUCUUAGUGAUAAGGAUGCUCACGACGCAUUAAACAACGCCCUUUUAAAAGAAAAAGGUUACGAGGAAGUGUCGUUUGGACUUUUAGUUUCCAUAUUAACAGAACCUCAAAAUGCAAGCAAGUCUUACAGGGACCUCACACUCAUUACACGAGAUGGAUUCGGUUUAGUUUUGACCCAUUUGUCUCAGUUAGUUUUGGAGAAGUAUUUGAAAUUCAAAGAUGUGGCCAAAUCACAGUUAAUAUGGUUAGUACGAGAAAUGAUCAAGAAUUCUGUUACCAAUGUAGACAAUCUCUGUUGGAAUUUGAUGAGACAUGCAGCAGGAGGUGACACAUCAAUUAGAAAUGUCACAUUAGUCGAAUCUCUUUUAGACAUUUAUAUUGAAUAUAGGAACUGGUUAGAGAAGUUUCCUGUUCUUUUGGCCUCGGUUGUUUACACAUACUUAAGGCUUUUAGAAGAUCACAACGCGCCUUAUCUAAGCAAUUUGAAACAGAAGGAAGUGAAUUUUUUAAUUAAUUUGUUACGAGAGAAGUUCUACGAAUGUUUAGUGAUAGGUAGAGACCUGGUGCGGUUACUUCAGAAUGUUGCUCGUAUUCCUGAGUUUGAACAGUUGUGGCGGGACAUUCUGCUGACACCUAAGAGUCUGUGUCCAUCAUUCACUGGUAUUCUGCAACUGUUGCAAAUGAGAACGUCACGCAGAUUUUUACAAUCGAGACUGACACCAGAAAUGGAGAAGAAAUUGGUGUUUCUCACAUCUCAGGUACGAUUUGGUAAUCACAAACGUUACCAAGAGUGGUUUCAGAGACAAUAUCUGGCCACUCCUGAAUCGCAAAGCUUAAGAUGUGAUAUGAUUAGGUUUAUUGUUGGUGUUAUACACCCGACAAAUGAACUGUUAUGUUCGGACAUUAUCCCACGUUGGGCUGUUAUAGGUUGGUUACUUACUACUUGUACCUCGACUGUUGCCGUUUCUAAUGCUAAAUUAGCGUUGUUUUAUGAUUGGCUGUUUUAUGAUAGUGAAAAAGAUAACAUAAUGAACAUAGAACCUGCAAUCCUUGUUAUGCACCAUUCGAUGCGUUCGCAUCCCGCUGUUUCCGCCACAUUGUUGGACUUUUUAUGUAGAAUUAUAGCUAAUUUUUAUCCCCCGUUGAGUGAUAAAGUUCGUGCCGGAAUAUUCUCAUCGUUACGGCAAAUAUUGGAUAAACGAGUACUUUCAUCUUUACUACCGUUAUUCGAUAACUCCAAACUGGAUCGAGAACUUCGACUGAUGGUCAGAGAAACAUUCAAAGAAUUCUGUUCCUCAUCAUCGGAAAGCUCGUCGAAAAUGGACGAUUGUUUAUCAUCUCAAGGCUCAAAAUUAGAUGAUGGAGAUAUGUUACAUGUGCGUACAAAUAAUUCUUUAAAUAAUCAUAUUUUAGAGGAACCUGCCUUCAGCGACGAAGAAGACGACCAGUCAACGCCAAUACACGCCCCAGAAGAAGAUACGGACGACGAUGAUAUACCACUAGCUAAAGUUAGAUUAAAGGAGAAAACGGUCGAUAAUAAAAACGAAGAAUUUUUACUCAAAAGUACUUUAAGAACUUUACUGAGCCAGUUACAAAAUGAAAAAAUGAAAGAGAAAAGAUGUGAGCUUACAGAAAGGCUGAUAGAUGAUAUAUUAAACACUGACAUAGAACCUGAAGCACUAAGAACUUUAGCAGAGAUGUUGUACAGUAUUAUCCAAACUGACUUGAAAGAAGAUGUACUUCCAAAAGAACUGACUCAAGAAAAUCUUCUAGAGAGUAUUCGAUCUCCACUUUUUACUCUGUUUAAGUCACUGUACAAUUUUUUCAAGAAGGAAGAUGAAAGUAAAGACCAACUUCUAAAGCUAAUUAGUGAAAUUUACAAUUUCUUCCCAAGUGUAGGCUAUUUGUUGUUAUAUUUUCUUAAAAUUCAAGUAAGGACCGAGUCUUACAGGGAAGAUGUUUCAAAAUUGAAUUCAUUAAAGACGAGUGUUUACAAAGAGUUUUGCCACAGUGUCGAAAAGAAGCUGGAUAUGUGCUUGUUGGACGAUUUGACGACAUGUCACGUGAAUGACACAACCUUAAUGUGUUGGAUAGUGCCUGACCUUUACAAAGACUUCAAGCAACAAAUGAUUAAUAAUGCUCAAAUAUUGCGGGUAAUAGUUUCAGCAAUAGACGCGAAACAACUUCAGGAAUUCAUCUUCUUGGUCAUGCAGGGACAACUAGUGAUGUUCAAAAUUGACAAUUUACAAUCUUUAUUGAAAACUAGUUUAUCAUGGGAAACAAUAGAACAAUUUUUCCUUUGGCAGCUGUUGCAAGCUCACGACAUCACGAUGGACGCCGUAAUACCUCUCAUUUCCAGCUUGGAUCCAAAUAAACAUCCAGAAGCUUUAACAGCCAUCACUCUCAUGUCGAAACAGGACAAGCCGAAUGCUGAUGUGAUAAAGUAUUUGUUCUCUAGAGACGUAUUAGACGAUGACAAUUUUGGCUUUAGCAUGUUGAAGUAUUGGUGCGAAGAUUAUUUGGACAAAAUAAGCGACUUCGUUUCGAAUUUACUUUGUACGCGAUAUCCUCAAGCGUCUCCUACUAAGCGGAAGAGAUCAAGCAAUAAAAGUAUCAGUGCGUCGGUGCCCAGUGCCGAUCAAGUGCUUGGACAUUUGGAACAGAUCCGUCACCACUGCGAAGUCACCAAUGACGACACAUUCAGCUUGUUCAGCACGGAAUCGAUGCAAAGGGCUCUGCAACUAGCCUACAGCAAUAGCAGUGACAGUCAGAAGAAGCAGUUCAACAAGCUCUUCUCGUUAGCCGAAGAAGAAGAAGAUGUUGUAACCAGUAAGAGCAGGUCGCAGGCGAGGGGAAGGAAAGCAGCUAACAAGCCAGCACCCAAAAGAGCAGUGACGAAAGGCAUUUCGGACACGUCCGAAGAAAGCAGUGAGGAUGAAGACUUUGUGAUGCCAAAACAAGCCAAGAAAAGAAAAAAGGUUGUUUCUGACAGCGAUUGACAGAAAAGUGUAUCUUUAACUGAAGACUUUCCAUUAGAGAUAGUUGGGCUGUACGUCGCAAGCAUCAGGCUUGAUUUACCACCAGGUCGAAGCCUCAUCUGUUACUACAUCAUUUGAUUAUAGUAAAUUUUUUGCAUGGGAAGUGCAAUUUGUGAUAUUUGUUGAUACAGAAGAAAUAAAUCCCAAAAAGGUUGCUACAACAACUAAAAAGCUGAACUAGCUAUAUCGCUACGCGGUUAUCGAAGGGGGAGACAAAGUCUUUGUGUGUCACUCCCCCCCAUUUCUCGCCCUCUUUCGAAAACAACAACAACCCGUUUACACACUGCCCUAAAAGAUUUUCCGGGGAAGAACUGUAGUACCUCCACUCUGCUCUAUAAAUAUAAAUAAUAAAAUAAUAAAUUUCGAAUCGUUGUCUAUGAAAAUAUUUUUUAUUAAGUUUGUAA